CAACUCGCACGCCCUCUCGAUUGCGCGCGUGCUGAAGCAGUUCACCGACGAGGGCGUCGAGCUUUGCCCAUGAGGUCAACUACUACACGUCGGAAGCGGGCGGCAUGAUCUACGGCAGCGGGUCGUCGGCAAUGCAGGACUUCAAGACGGCCUUCGGACAGGUGGCACAGGCAUGCGCAGACAUUGCGCCCGACGUACGUCUUGUCUACUCGCCUAAUUACGAUCCCGACGAUGCCGUGUACGACGCCUGGGCGCCCUCACCGGAGCAGUACCAGUUCGUGGCCGCGGACUACUACCCAGACGUGGCGAACCAAGCCACCGCAGCAGAUUACAUCAAGAAGUUGCAGGCCUUCCACGACCGCUACACGCAGAACUCGACGACGAAGAUGAUCAUCGCCGAGACGAGCCUGAAGCUCAACGUUACGUCGCAGACGCGCAUCGACUGGCUGCGCCAGCUGGCCAGCUCGUCGGUGCGGGAAGCCAUGCCGAAUCUCGUCAGUCUCUCGUGGUACAACGUGGACGUCGAGUCGGAGUACGACUACCGGAUCGUCGAUCCACCGAACGACGACUACAACGAGCCGUUCAAGCGCUUCAUCGAGCGUCUGACAGCAAGGCAGUCGAACGGUGCCUGCCGGUCAGCCGUCCCGAGCCUGCGCUACGCCGGCAGCGCGGUCCGGCGGCAAGUGCUCAAGUAUACCCGGCGCUAUGCGUCCUGAGCAAGCCGCAGUCGCGCCGUCGGACACGCACAGCACAGCAGCAAUAGACAGAUUGUGAAAGAAUGUGGCAUUGAUGCAGAGCAGGGAGCAAG